AUGGACGAGCCAAAAGACGGGGCUUUGUUUAAUGGGGACAACCUUCCUUCGCCUUCAGCUGGGACUGAGUCAUGCCCUGCUUCAGCCACUCCAGCCCUGCCACCCUCACUCCUGAGCACCCUAGACCCAACCCGCCUGGGGCUCCCAGAGCAACUGGCCUCUGUCACUGUCCCCAUCCGCCUAGACACCCUGUCCUACCUCCUACACAGUGCUCUCCUGGGGACCUACAACCUCCAGCAGUCCUUACCACCUUGCUCCUGCUCUGCCCAGCCAAGCCACAGCGGGCCAGACACAGUCAGGAGGCCACCCAGGAGAUCCGGCCAGGCCCGUGGGGGCUGGGAAGUACGGCGCAGGCCUUCCCGGGGCUGGGGCAGGGGUCGGGCACAGUCACAAAGGGGCCCUGGAAGAGCUGAAGAGCUGGUGAGGAGCAUGGCAGGGGGACCUGGGGCUGGCCCCAGUACUCCACCAGUGACAUCACCAUCCCAGGAUGGACAGAAGGAAGCUGGAGGACUGUCGGAAGACUGGGAGACAGACUACUAG